CGCACGAUCACCUUGCGUAAAUGCUGUGUUCAGGUCUACUUGCGAGUUGUCGGUCCGCACUUUCAGGUAGCAACCUGCAGCUGGUAAAAGAUGCAGCACACAGUUUUGAAAUCCUGCCGACAAUGUCUUGCACGGAUACACACCUCAGCAACCUCAUUUGGAAAUGUUGAGUUGACCUCGAAGCGGUACCCGCACCUGAGGCGGGGCCGGUUCAGUCAGCUGACAAGCGAUGACGUCACGCACUUCCGUCAGCUGCUCGGACCCGAUCGGGUGCUUACCGAGGACCUGGACGGCUACAACACUGACUGGAUGCGCUCCGUGAGAGGUGCGAGUCAGCUGGUGCUGCGGCCGCGCAGCACGGCCGAGGUGUCGGCCGUGCUGCGUCACUGCUCGGAGCGCCGCCUGGCGGUGUGCCCGCAGGGCGGCAACACGGGCCUGGUUGGCGGCAGCACGCCGGUCUUCGACGAGAUCGUCCUCUCCACCUCGCUCAUGAACAAGAUCAUCGCGCUGGACACCAACUCAGGGGCGCUGACCUGCGAGGCCGGCUGCGUGCUGGAGGCGACCGACGCCUACCUGGCCGACCACGGCUUCAUGAUGCCUCUCGAUCUGGGCGCCAAGGGCAGCUGCCAGAUCGGCGGCAACGUGUCCACCAACGCCGGCGGCCUGCGGCUGGUGCGGUACGGAGGCCUGCACGGCUCCGUCCUCGGCCUGGAGGCGGUGAUGGCCGACGGCCAGGUGCUGGACUGCAUGUCCACCAUGAAGAAGGACAACACCGGCUACGACCUGAAGCACCUGCUGAUCGGCUCUGAGGGCACGCUAGGCGUGGUCACCAAGGUGGCCAUCAGCUGCCCACGACGGCCCAACUGUGUCAACCUCGUGCUGCUGGCGGUGAAGAGCUUUGAGGACGUGCUGGCCACGUACCGGUUCGCGCAGACGCAGCUGGGUGAGAUCCUCUCCUCCAUCGAGUUCAUGGACGCGGCCUCGCAGGAGUGCGUCAGCAACAACCUCAAGGUGACGCACCCGCUGCCGGGCCACCCGUUCUACAUGGUGAUUGAGACGGCCGGCAGCCGGGACACGCACGAUGAGGAGAAGCUUAGCCUCUUCCUCGAGGAGGGCAUGCAGCGGGAACUGGUCAUCGACGGCGUGCUGGCCACUGACACCUCCCAAAUCAAGUCGCUGUGGCAGCUGCGGGAGCGCAUCGCAGAGGCGCUGCUGGUGGACGGCUACAACUACAAGUACGACAUCUCGCUGCCGCUGCACGCCUUCUACGACAUCGUGACGGAGAUGCGACAGACGCUCGGGGACAGCAUCGUCACCUGCUGCGGCUACGGACACAUCGGUGACGGUAACCUGCACCUGAACAUGACGUCGCGUGAGUUUGACGGCGACGUACUGGCGCGGAUCGAGCCGAGCCUGUACCGCUGGACGGCGGAGCGAGGUGGCUCCAUCUCCGCCGAGCACGGCCUCGGCCUCAAGAAGCGGGACUACAUCGGCUACUCCAAGUCGCCCGGCGCUGUAGUCUUGAUGCGGCAGCUGAAGAGGAUGAUGGAUCCGCACGGUAUCCUGAACCCGCACAAGGUCCUGCCGGAAGAGAGCUGAGGGUCGCUUGUUGAGCGAUCGGCGGGUGUGUAGCGCGCGGUCUGCCGAGCCUCGGGGUCUGGCAGAGGGUGGCUGUGACCCGGGCGGUCGAAGUGAUCAUGACUGGCACGACAGUAUGGUAGAAAUAACACGGGUUAGCUCAGGAGACGCACGGCUGAUGGCACCAAUGGAUGGCCGAUGCCACAUUUCUACGUGACCAUUUUCGUGAUUUGUACCAACGUUUCGAAAUCGGUAGACGGGGUGAAGAUGUGUAGCUGUCAUGUGCUCCUGCUCUGCCGGUAUCGCAGUAUUUUUCUGCAGGCACGUGCCUGUGACGUGCAUGUAGGAAUUGGUGCCUGUUAGGCCGGGCGUGCGCGAGUAGAGACAUCUGGGGCUUGGCCGCAUAUUAUCAAUUAUGUUGCGCCGGCCCAAGGCGAUGACUGACGUCGGGGUGACGUUUACGGCGUGUCGAGAGAUUAGCGAUCGCCGUUUGGGACAGUGUCGUGGCGUCCGCAGACUGGGUCGGAUGGCUUUCGGUUGUUUCGGUACGCUGCGGGUGCGAUGCGCCGCAGGUGAGGUGCGUGGAUGGCACAGCGUGAUGCGAGAUCACGAGCAGUGCAAUAUUGUUGGUGAGGUCGAUGACGUCGGGCUUCCGUUUCGGUACUAGAUCGCUAGGACUAACCAGGUUCACUCGGCAGCGUGGGCUCCGAUGUGGCUAUUGAAGUAAUGUGCAUUCCGAGUGUGGGACAGGCUCUGCACGAGAUCCGACAAUGAGACCCAAUACAGACU